AUGUCGCGAAGCGCUAGUAACGCGGACGGACGGCGCGGAAGGGCCGGAUGGCAUGGGGGGACGGCGGCCGGCAAGAACGGGGGCACGGCUCGAGACACGCUGCUGGAAGAGUCAUUCUUAAUUCCGAAUUCCGGCCACGUCCGCGCCGCGCUCAUGGUCGACGGGAUUUUGUGGCACAGAGUGGACGAAUCCGCGAACCUCUCUCAUUGUUUCUCUUCCCAUUCCAUAUCUCUUUCCGUGAUCUCCGCUCAGAGGUGCCCUGCAACCAAUCCGUGCCACGACUGCGGUCUGGGACAACCAAAUGCAAGCUCAGCACCCAUCAACGAAAUCUACGCCGUUGAAAUGCUCCCAGAGGCAUCCGUUAAGAGCAGCUUCUUUGCGAGUCCCGUUAAGAUGCAUCAAUUCGCGGUUCACACGUUCCGCCGCUCCGCCGACCGUUGGAUGCCGCUCAAGCUCGUCUUCUGCCACGCCAACGCUGACGUGUGCCAGCAGUGGUCGGACCGCAUCCUCUCGCUGCUGCGCGCCGACCCGGAGCGCCCUAGGAGCCUCUUAGUGUUCGUGAACCCUAUUGGCGGGCGGAAGAAGGGAUUAAAGACAUGGGAGGCGGUUCGACCCGUGUUCGAUCGCGCAGGAGUCGCCGUGCAGGUGGUGGUAACUAGCCGUCGCAACCACGCGCGCGACAUGCUGCAGAACGCGUCGGACAAGGAGCUCUGCCAGCUCGACGGGAUCAUCGUCGUGGGCGGCGACGGGCUGUUCAACGAGGCGCUCAACGGGCUCGCGAGGCGGCGCCAUCGCGCCUUUCCGUGCGUGCGCCCCGCGCGCUUGCGCCUCCCGCCGCCCUCCACCGCCCCAUGCGGUGCUGGCAGAAGCGGGAGCGAGAGGGGAAGGAUUAGGAGCGCAGGGAAGGAGGACUGUGGAUCAGAGUUGGCUAGGUCGGUCAAGGACAACGGUACAGACACAGGGGGUUUAAGAUUAGGAGGUGGAUUGGGAAUAGGAGGCGGUUUGGGAGCCGAUUCGGGGUCAGGAGGCGAUUUGGAGCAGCUGCCAGCGUGGCAGGGCGCCACGACAGCAGAGAAAGAAGAAGAGGAGAGGGAGGAGGAGGAGGAGGAGGAGGAGGAGGAGGAGGAGGAAGAGGGGGGAGAGGAGAAUGCAGCGCAGGAGCGUGUAGUUGUUUCAGAUGGCGACACUGCUUAUGCUGAUGAUGUUGGCGCUGCUGGUGGUGCAGGUGUUGGCCCCGCAGGUUCGGACCGAGCCUGCGCUCCAGGUUUGGUGAGGAAGCUGACGCUCGGCAGGUUUUGCAGGCAGGAGAGCGAGUUGGAGGCGGCAGGUGCAGUGAACCUGGACAUGGGCAGCGCAGGGCAACCAUGUGAAGGAAAAAAGAGAGGAGACGGGAAGGAGAGCGGAGAGGAGAGAGGAGGGGAGGACGAGGAGGAGGAGGAGGAGGGGGAGGAGGGAGGAAGGGAGGGGAGGAAGCGAGUGGGGAGCAAGGGGUGGUUGGCUGCUGCGGGGUUGAAUUUGAACAACUGGCGACGCAAUAAUGACAAGGGCACACACACAUUCGGGCAAACCGGCGGGGGGCAUGCUGACGUGGACGGCGAUGAUUCGCCGAGAGGAGGCGGCAGGGGUUUGGACAUCCCUGCAGGGUUAAAUACUCCUGGUUUAGAGACUCCUGGUGUCUUUAAUUUCCAUGAUGGCCUUAAUACCCCUGCUGGAUUAAAUACUCCUGCCGGGUAUGGGUAUGACACUCCUAAAGGCUACUAUGCGACUCCUAAAGCCGGAUCGUACUAUGAGACUCCUAAGCCUGGUAGUGGCGGCUCGGAUGGGUAUUAUUUCCCGACUCCCAAGGAGGGGGGCGGCGGGGCGAAGGGGUUUUACGAGACGCCCAAGGCGCAGCAGGCUCGGCGCAGCUUCGGUCGAAGCAGUUUUGGUCCGGGGGUCAGGAAUGCAACGUUUUUGAGUGACUGGGGGACGGUGCGCGAGGGGGAAGAGGGGGAGGAGGAGGAAGGUGGGGAAGGGGAGGAGAGGGCAGGAGUGGGGGAGUGGGGAAGGGGAGUGGAUGAGUGGAGGGAGGGAGGAUUUGGGGAGGAUGGCGGAGUGGGGUUGUGUCUGCCUAGGAGGCUGAGGAUUGGGAUUAUUCCUGCUGGGUCGACUGACUGCAUUGCCAUGAGCCUCAUUGGUUCGCGUGACCCUGCCACGUCAGCACUGAACGUUGUGAUUGGCCGACGCACUCCCAUGGAUGUUGUGCGGGUUGGCGCUGACUCAGCAGCCGAAGUUGCUGAGUCAGCACAACCGGCAAAAGCAGAGGAAAGAGGAGGAGACUCAGGAGGAUGGGUGGAGAGAAGAGAGAUAAAUGGAGCAAGGGAAGGUGUAGCGGAAGCUUCCAGGAAGGAGGAAGAGCAGCAGCAGAUGGAGUGUGAUGUUCGAUACGCUGCAUCAUUCUUCGGGUACGGAUUCUAUGGCGCGGUGACAAAGGAGAGUGAGACGCUGAGGUGGAUGGGACCUGCCAGAUACGACUAUGCAGGGUUUAUGACGUACAUGCGCCACAGGUCGUACGAAGCAGAGGUGUCAUUCUUCCACGUGCCUGAGCCAGACCUACCGUCCAUGCACAGAAAAAGCCCCACGACCCGUGCAGAAAUCUGCACCGCUGGAUGCUCGGUAUGCGCCAACAGCCAGGAUCUCUCGCUGCUGGCGCGAUCUGCCCUGGGAUUCGAGGCCAGAGGCCCAUCGCAGUCAGCUGUGGGUCUGGCCUCCCUUCUCACCCCUCUCAACCGCACUACUGGUGAUUCUGCUGCUGUGGAUGCUGCUCCUGAUGCCGCUGCUGUUUCGCCUUCCUAUCACCCUCCUCCCGCCGCUCCUGAUGCUGCUGCUGCUACAGCCACAGAAGCCGAUAAGCACAGGCUCUUCUCACCUCCUCCCCUAGAAGCUGCUGAUGCUGACGUGGCAGCGGCGGAUUCGCCACAGCCGCUGACCUGGGACGAGGCGACGCCAGGCUGGCGCACCGUGAGAGGCCGGUUUCACAGCGUGGGCGGCGCGGUGAUCUCUUGCCGCAAUGACAAGGCGCCAGAUGGCGUCGCGGCACACGCCCACCUGGCGGAUGGGAAUCUCAACCUCAUCAUGAUCCGCGAGUGCUCACGUGCCGAAUACCUCCAGCAGCUGCUGUGUCUGGCCAUCAAGGGAGCUGAUCCCCUCGACUUCCACUUCGUCCAGCACCACAAGACCCCAGCGUUCACAUUCAAGGCCAUGGGGGAGCAGGGCUUUUGGAAUGUGGAUGGUGAACUGGUGGAGGCGAGUGAGCUGUCAGCCCAGGUGUUCCGAGGGAUGGUGGACAUGUUUGGCAGUGGACCGGAUGUGUGA